CAACAUUUCGUAAAGCUUCUCCUUAUUGCAGAACCCUCACCUGCUUCAAACAACAGAACGUGCCCAGCCAACGAAGAAUUUAAAGAGUGCGGAACAGCAUGUGAACCAUCAUGUCGCAAUCCCAAUCCGGUACUCUGCACCGAGCAAUGCGUAAUUGGAUGUCAAUGUAGAAGUGGAUUCUACCGUAAUGACCAGAAUGUCUGUGUGUCCACAUUCGAUGAUAUGGGAAUCGCCUCAAAUCCGAUAAAACAAGCUACUGUGGUGAAAAAAGUAACCUGUCCAGCCAAUGAAGAGUUCAAAGAGUGUGGGACGGCUUGUGAACCGUCAUGCCGCAGACCUAAUCCAGGGAUCUGCACGUUACAAUGCGUCGUGGGAUGUCAGUGCAAAUCGGGAUUCUACCGUAAUGAUGAGAAUGUUUGUGUAGCCAACUGCUCUGCCCCAAACUCAAUAGGAACUGGAGGCUGUGGUGUGAACGAGGAACGAAAACAGUGUGGAACUGCAUGCGAACCCACCUGUGCACAACCUAAUCCUACCUGCACUAGACAAUGUAUCCCGGAUGUCUGCCAGUGCAGGCAACUCUACAUUCGUGAUUCGAAUAACGUCUGCGUUCCCAAGGCUAGUUGCCCUACAGGUGUGUUAUUAAACACGUCAGACGUGUGCGGACGGAUCUUCCGUGGGAAAAAGGAUAAAAGGGUAAAGACAAUAGAUCCCCACGCGAUCGGUCNUCCCCCCCCCCCCCCCCCCCCCCCCCCCCCCGGGACUUUGAGUCAGAGUCGUAAAGUAGUCUCGAAUGCGCAUUUGGCUAAUUCAAUGGCUUGUAGUGGCCAGCCGAUGCGCAAGUCACGGCUUUUAUCCUCCCACGCGAGUCUGGUACCAAUUAACCGACUCCGAAGCAAUGGAAGGCUUGGUUACCUUGGGUGGAUGUUGAUCCGGGAUUCGAACCGUGGGCCAUGCCUGUGUUAUAGUGGGCCCCCUCUCCGCAAAUUCGGAGAACCAAACCUCCUAACGGGCUUUUCCUCGGGAUGA